CUCGUGUGGGUGCUCGCUUGUUGGACACAGGGAUGGAAUGGAAGGGUUUUAGCAAUAGCGUGGAAGGUCGAUGUGUCCCAACCCUAGCUGCUGAGAGGCAGCAUGGCCCAAGCAUUCCUAAAUGAGAAGGAUGCGCACUCUCUCCUCAAACGAUUCCCGCGAGCCAACGGCUUCCUGGAGGAGCUCCGCCAGGAUAACAUCGAGCGCGAGUGCAUGGAGGAGAGCUGCAGCUUCGAAGAGGCCAAGGAGGUGUUCGAAAACAAGGAGCGCACGAUGGAGUUUUGGAAGCUCUACACAGUGAAUGACCGCACGGAGACCCGAUCGGAGCGCACAGACACCGUCUACAUGGUGGUGCCUCUUCUGGGGGUCGCCCUCCUUAUCAUCAUCGCCCUCUUCCUCAUCUGGAGGUGCCAGCUGCAGAAGGCCACACGCCGCCGCCCGGCCUACACCCAGAACCGCUACCUGGCCAAUCGCAACUCUCGCAGCCUGCCCCGCAUUCUGGUGCACCGGGACAGCCCCUCCCACUCCGAGAGCCAGCACCCGGAACCCCCCAGCAGCCGGGCAGCGGUCGUGAGCGGGGGAGGUGGCGGUGGCUCGGCCGUGUCCGCCCCGCCGGACCCCCACCCUCACCCGCACCCCCCGCCGAACAGCCGCGCCCUCUAUGUUCAGGACUCCUCCGUUUCGGUGGCCUCCCGCUUGUCGGGCGCCACCCCGCCCCCCUCAUACGAGGAGGUGACGGGACACCUCGAGAGCAGCAGUGACGAAACCACAGCUCCCUACAGCGACCCCCCGCCCAAGUAUGAGGAGAUUGUCAAACAGAAGUGAGCAGGGACCUUCCAGUUCCCUCCCCUCCUGCCCACACUUUCACGCUCAGAGAAGGGUGGCUUCGGAAAGGCACAGCGGUUCUGAGGCAUCUGAUGUAAGACCGGCUGCAGGUUUAGUCUCAGAGUUACGUAUGCUACCUGUUGACCUUAUUUCAGAUUUGACGCCGUAAAAAAACACAAGCUGAUAUUUUAAUCAUACAUUAGUAUGUACACAGUAUUCAGAGUACCAUAAUCAUUUUCAUCGUUUUUCUGCAGUUGGUAAUUAAGAUGGUUCAGAUUGUCGUGUAUUAGGAUCGUCAUAUCCUUCCCCUCGAUGUCACGCGCACUGCCCCCGAGCAGACUCUGUCUGCUCAGUACUCACCUUCUCACUGCUUCAGCACCGUUCCCACUUCAGAGCACGCCUUCUUCCUUCAUCUGCCAUGGCCUUAACACUGAGGGACAACAGCAAGCGAAGGUCAAUGGGAAGGCCCGCCGACAGGGCUCCGCAGGGCUCCACAGGGGUCUGCCGGCCUCCGGUCGGAAGGUCAAGGGGAGAGUCAAGAUGGAACGCUGACAAGGACAGUAGAGGUCAGUUCAUUUGCCAAAUGAAAUCGGAGGGCACACGGGAGAGCACAUGCAAGAGAAGCAAAUGCAAACAAAGCCCUCUGUUUUGUCGACGAAGAGGUUUUUUUUUUUUUUUG